UUUCCCUUCACUCUUUCGUCACUCGUUUUAAUCAAGUCGCUCUUUAUUGUAAACUUUGCAAUGCGCUCCCAACUUCUGUCAUUCUCUUGCGCAUUAGUAGGUAAUUACCUAUUUUGGAGAGUUGAUGCAUCAUGUUACUAUCCCAAUGGAGAUUUUCCUUCCGACUAUGUUUACGCGCCCUGCUCGGACAAUGAAAAUGCGACUUGCUGUAUGCUGGGCGAAGGAGAUCAGUGUCUAUCGAACGGCCUAUGCUACAGCCCAAUCUCACAGUACAUGUUUCGAGGUGGUUGUACAGACAAGUCUUGGAAUAGUCCAAAUUGCUUUCAGCACUGUAAGACCGGAGAAUGGUCAUCCGGAUCCUACGACCAACUCGUUCCAUGCGGCGGCGACAAAUACUGUUGCUAUUCGGACGGAAGUACAUGCUGCAAUGAUGACUCCAAGGUCUUCACCGUCGGGACCGGAACAGUGAUAAAAGACUUCUCCAGCACCGCUUCAUACACGCUUCCCAUAGAAACUCCUGAGGGUACGGCCCAUCCAAGCUCCGCUGCGAACGCCAAAACCACAGGCUCGAAAGGAACAGGUGCGCAACCUACAGGCUCGAGAGCUACGAACUCCGCCGCUGCAGCAACAUCAACCAGUCAAGCCGCAGAACAAACGGACCCCCAUACCCACGGCGUUUCUAAGACCGCCGUGUUAGCCGGCGCUAUUGGGGGAGUUGUCAUUCUGAUCCUCGCUAUCGCCCUAGUAUGGUUCCUCGUGCGACGUCGCUACCGCAAGAAACUGGCUGCUGGCUCCAAUGGACAGGGCUUCCCAUUGUCCAGCGGCGACGGCUUUCAGAAACUCCCUGAUAAGAGUCCACGACCUGUCGAGGUCCCCGCACCCUUGCACCCACCUCCACCCCCACAGUACCAGCCUCCCGCAUACCAAACCCCGCCCCCGCAGCAUAAUGCGGUCGAGAUUGAUAACUCAUAUCUCCCGCCAGGAAGGAACCAGUAUGGACAGCCAGUGUAUGAAGCCCCAGCUCAGCCAUACAGGCAUAUCUAGUCUGUCGGAUCCGCUUUCAGGACUUCACAUGCAUUGCAUGCUGGCACAAUUUGCGGCGCAUUCCAAAUGAAUUCCCCAUCCCCUCAAGUCCCUUUUUGGAUUCAGAGAGACAGCCAAUUAGAUGCUGUUUUGUGCCUAUUCCCGCCCCGAUUAUGGCCGAUUAUGUGCACACAAUCUUCGCGGGGACCUUUCUUGUUUUGGGUCACGACUUCUAGGUUAGGGGGAGGUAUUGUAUACGGCGUUUUGGGAGGGUGGAGCGCGUCAUUGAGAUAUCUACACUGUGUAAACCUUGGAGGGUAUCAUUUGCGAUGCCUAGAUGAGCCAGCUGGUUGGAAUGGAUAUAUAUCCAAUAUAAAUACCAGAAAUGAAGUUAAGAUAGAUAUUCGAUCA